CUGGGUUUGUGUUGAGAACACAUGCGUUGGUCUCUGUGUGAGUCCCUGCAGUCACAGCCGGUGUUUACACAGUUUACUUACGGUUUCUUCGGGCAAGCCGCAAAACGUGCAAAUGGACGAAGCUCUUGUUCGAGCCAGGAUUCCCGGGGACCUGGUGAAGGUUCUUGGUGUAGAGUCUCAAACCAGCUCUAAAGCGGAGGCCUUCACCCACGCCUUCCUAAAGAACAGCAUCCAGCAGCACACUCGACACGAUCUGAAGAGCAUGUUGAGUCACAAAGCUGUGGUCCUGGGCUACACCAGGCCCAAGAAGGACAAGUCGAAGAGGAGCAGCAAGAAAGCCAAGGGACUUAACGCUCGCCAGAAGAGGGCGAUGAAGAUCUUCCAGAUCAAGCCUGAGCACCAGAGGUACGAGCUCUUCCUGCCUCUGCACGACCUCUGGAGACAGUACAUUAUUGACCUGUGCAGUGGACUGAAACCAACAAGCAAUCCACAGUUUGUGCAGCAGAAGCUUCUGAAGGCCGACUUCCACGGUGCCAUCAUCACAGUGGUCCGGUCUAAAUGUCCAUCGUAUGUGGGGACUACAGGGAUUCUAGUCCAAGAGUUCAAACAUGUCUUCAAAAUCAUCACCAAAGAGGACAGACUGAAAGUGAUCCCUAAGAGGAACAGCGUGUUUGCAGUGGAGAUCAACGGCUUCGUCUCUCACAUCUACGGCAGCAAGUUUGAGCAGCGAGCCGGUGAACGCUCCGCCAAGAAGUUUAAAGUGAGAGGAACCAUCGACCUGUGACGACCCCUGAGUGCCGCUACAGGAAACGCUGUGCCAAAACAAGGAAGACAUUUCAUACUCGAACUUCCAGCAACAGCAAAACCACAUCUGAAAAAGUUGUUUACCUCACUGCAUGUGGACGACUCUCACACCAUAUUUUAAAGGGGAAUUCUGCACACUCGAGAUCAUUUUAAUCCUCAGUUACACGUCCCUGGUUUGCGGAUGCGCACACCAGGGACGUGUAGUUGUUCUUGUUAUACUACUUUCUAGUCCUCUUGGUGCAGAUCAUGGUGCAGCUGUUGACUAAAUUUGUGUCACUCGGACACCAGCCUUACAGAAAGACUGCAUCACACUCUG